CGGGAGCGCCCCCUGGUGGUGAGACGCAUGCAGUGAAGCUUGUGAAGUGGGUCUUCUCCUCUGUGUCAGAGAGUCUGUGGAGGAGUGUGGAGGUUUGAGCAGUGAAGUCCAGCAGCAGGACCCGGUUAGAGGGGCUCCAGUGAAGCAGUUACACUGUUAACAUAUUCUCGUCUGUUAUAGUGGAGUUUUGGAGGGGUAUCGGUUUCCAUGGCGCUGGAGUUUAGAGCUGUUUCUGUGUUUUUAUAUCAACACCUGCGCGUUUAGCUUAAAUGCUACUCGGUCUGUAUUCCCUGAUUUACGAUAUUAGGAUCGGGAAAGAUGCGCAAGGACGUUAGGAUUCUGCUGGUGGGGGAACCCAAGGUAGGGAAGACGUCCCUGAUCAUGUCUCUGGUCAGCGAGGAAUUCCCUGAUGUGGUUCCCUACAAAGCUGAAGAAAUCACCAUCCCAGCUGACGUCACUCCAGAGAGAGUCCCGACACACAUAGUGGAUUACUCAGAGGCAGAGCAGACAGAUGAACAGCUGUAUCAGGAAAUCUCAAAGGCCAAUGUGAUUUGCAUAGUGUACUCCGUCAAUAACAAGAAGUCGAUUGAAAAGGUGAUCAGCCACUGGAUUCCUCUCAUUAAUGAGAGAACGGAUAAAGACAGCAGGGUGCCUCUGAUCUUGGUGGGGAAUAAGUCAGACCUGGUGGAGCACAGCAGCAUGGAGACCAUCCUGCCCAUAAUGAAUAAAUACACAGAGAUCGAGACAUGUGUGGAGUGCUCAGCAAAGAACCUAAAGAACAUCUCUGAGAUGUUUUAUUAUGCUCAGAAAGCCGUCCUGCAUCCCACUGGCCCACUCUACUGCCCUGAUGAGAAAGAGAUGAAGGCUGCAUGUGUGAGAGCGCUCACUCGCAUCUUUAAAGUGUCUGAUUUGGAUAACGAUGGAAUUCUCAAUGACGAUGAACUCAACUUCUUCCAGAGAACGUGUUUUAACACUCCACUGCCUCCGCAAGCUCUGGAGGACGUCAAGAAUGUUGUGAGGAAAAACACAACAGAUGGAGUGUGUGAGGAUGGACUAACACUAAAGGGAUUCCUUUUUUUGCACACACUCUUCAUCCAAAGGGGUCGGCAUGAAACCACGUGGGCGGUCCUCCGUCGCUUUGGUUAUGAUGACGACCUAGAGCUGCAUCAGGAUUACCUCUUCCCACCGUUAAAAAUACCUCCCGACUGCAGCACGGAGCUCAAUCACAACGCCUCGCUCUUCCUGCAGAGCGUCUUCGAUAAACAUGACAAGGACAGAGACUGUGCCUUGUCCCCGGAGGAGCUGAAGGAUCUAUUUGAUGUUUUUCCCUACAUGCCCUGGGGCCCUGAUGUCAACAACACAGUGUGUACCAAUGACCACGGCUGGAUCACCUACCAGGGCUUCCUCUCACAGUGGACGUUGACAACAUAUCUAGAUGUCCAGCGGUGUCUGGAGUACUUGGGUUACCUUGGUUAUUCCAUCAUCGCCGAGCAGGAGUCUCAGGCUGCUGCUAUCACAGUGACACGAGAAAAAAGACUGGAUCUACAGAAGAAGCAAACCCAGCGAAGUGUGUUUCUCUGUAAAGUCUUCGGGGGUCCUGGAAGUGGAAAGAGUGGAUUCCUGCAGGCCUUUCUCGGACACAACCUCAUGCAUCAGAGGAUGGUUAAAGAAGAACAUAAGUCAUAUUACUCUAUAAGCACCGCCCACGUGUACGGCCAGGAGAAGUACCUGCUGCUUCAUGAAGUCUUCCCAGAUUAUGACUUCCUGUCUGAGUCGGAUCUGUCCUGUGAUGUGGUGUGUCUGAUUUAUGAUGUCAGUAACCCAUGCUCGUUCGAGUACUGUGCUCAGAUCUUUAAGGAGUACUUGGUGGACAGUAAGGUUCCAUGUAUGCUGGUUGCAGCAAAGGCGGAUCUGCCAGAGGUUCGGCAGCAGUUCAGUCCGAGCCCCCUGGACUUCUGCAGGACCCACCGACUGCCCCCUCCUCAGAGCUUCACCUGCAGCACCGCCGGGACCCCAAGCAAAGACAUCUUCAUCAAGCUCGCCACCAUGGCCACAUACCCUCACGCUCGUCUGCGCUGUAUGUGUACUUGUAACAGAUGCACCUUCUGCCUCUGUCAGAAUAUCCUCAACUCGGAGCUGCUUCACACGGUUAAAGCAAAACUCUACACGGCCAUCUCCAGCAGGCACAUGUCUCAGGUGGAUCUGAAGAACUCAUCUGUGUGGCUGAGGGUCAGUUUGGGGGCUGCUGUGUUCGCUGUGUUGGGAUUCACUAUGUACCGCCUGCUGCUCAAACCCCGGUGAUCAAUCAGCACCGGUACAGCGAUUAAUUCACCAAACUGCAGAACCAAAUUUCCAUUUACACAGUUCCUCUCUUACCUCUAAAGUCGAUCAACCAAGACCCACAGUUCAGUUCAGAACUGGAGCUUCUUCACACACUGUUAUCUAAAACACUGCACAGAAUUCAGGCUAAAUAACAGAGCUGUAUUACAGAACAGUUAUCUAAAACAGUCUCAGAAAGGCUAACCAGUCUGUUAGAGAAUCCAUAGCUUGUUAGCUUCAUUAGCCUCAUAGCUCCAGUGAAAGAUGCGUCUCUUGGCUGGUCGACUAAGAAGGUGAAUUUUUCUGUACAUUUGAUUGAUUGAUUUUUGUCUGAACUAUCACUUUAACCCUCACUCUCGACAUUCCUGCCUGCAAACUCAGACUGUCUCACACUGUCUCUCUGUCUCCUCUCUGACACACACACUUUGUUUUAUUUUGCAUUUCCAAAUAUUCUCACACUCUGUUGUCUUUCUUCUACAUCAUUACAUCACAUCCUGUUUUGACUGAGGAGCUGGAGAAGUGUGUUGCGCUGACUUGUUGCACAAUUUUGAAGAAAUGAACAAAUUGUAAAUAUGAUGUGUAAAAAAAAAAGGCUAUUUAUUUGUUUCUGUGCAAAACUACAGAAAGAAAAGAAAACGUAUUGAUUUCCUUAGCUAGUGGGAUGGAAACGACUCAGUUUAAAACUGUUUAUUAUGUUUUCUCCCAUCUUAUCUUGUUUGUUGUAAAGCAGUAAAGGAGAAAAGAGAAGUUCAGCUCCUGUUUAAAGAAAUGUGUUUCAUAUGGGGAGAUUAGAAUUGUUUAAAAAAAUACAAAUCAGAAUCUAGAGUGAUAACACUAAUUAGCUCAGAUAAAGGUUUGGGCACCCCUGAUUAAAUGACAGAAUGUUUAGUUGUUGUUAUAAUAGGGCAGGGCGAUAUGCUAUAUCAUAUAUAUUCAUAUAGCACUAGCACUAGCGACUGUUAGCCGAUGUGUCUGAGCUGGGGAACUGCGCUUUCCUCCUAUUGUGUUAGAUAACCAGUUGAUGCUGCAUUAAUGGCGGUUUGAAAAGAGGUGGGAGCUGAUUUUCUUAACUUUCUGCAAAUGAUUAUGACAAAGUGAAGUGACAUUCUUCACCGAUUGGCCACACAAAUUCUUCAGACCAGUCACAGACAAAGGGGUCAGAGGUCCUUAGCGUCUACUCUGUAAACUUCGAUCGUUCGUAUUCCCAGCAUUGUGGUUCUGAACACUGCAGAGAGGAUUACAACUGAUAUUUCUGCUCUUUCCAUUUUAUAUGAUGCAUUUUUGCACAAAUACAGGGGCAAUAUGGAGACAAAUAAAGCUUGGAAGAAAGUAGUAGAUGGCUCGAUGGUUAGCUUGCUAGCAUGCUAACCGGCCCCACUGAUAAAGACAAACUCACUACUGCACAAACAGCUUAAAACAGACCCACAAGAGACAAAUGUGGGGUGAUACAAGCAACUAGGCCCAAUCCCAUUUCACCUUUUGACCUUACCACUUACCCCUUCCCCUUGGAACAGAGUUACAGGGGGUAGGGGUGAAAUCAUCCACGCUAAGAAUAGCAGCUGGUUAACUAGCUAACUGUAGGGCGUUGUAUGUCUUCAGAAAGAAGGAAGAUGGUGCAGAAAUUAAUUAUUAUUGUCCAUUCCUUAAUUCCUGUGAUGGGGAGCUGAAAUUUGCAUUGAUUAGCUUUUAUUUUAUUUUAUUUUUCCAUUCCACCUUAAAUGCUGCACCACAUGCUGUCUAUUUGCACCAUUUAAGGCUAGCUCCAUAAAGUUAGCUAGCUAGUUAGCUACUGAGACAAACUACUAGCGACCUUUUUAAUGCUUGUUAUGAAGAAUUUGGCCAUAAAACAUUGAAACUACACAUUAGACUAUGGUAAUAUAGUGAUAAUCGUCACUUUGACCAUGGAAAAUUCUUACAUUUGUGGGAUUCUUUGGUCGCUUAUUCUGCCAUCUUAAUUCAUAUGAAUGGGGAUUUGGUUAUUAUCUUUACUAUUUGGGGAGAAAAAGGGUGUAAAAAUAAAUAAAUGGACAGUUUUACAAUACUUUUCACUUAAUUUUGACAUAAAGAGUAUGUCAGUAAAAUCUACCAGUAUCUGCUAAUAACUGCUAUACACAUAGCCUGUAUAGUAUGUUUAUUUAAUAAAAAAAAUUACUGUUCUCCUUUCAAGAAGUAAACAGUCCUAAUUACAUCAGUUGUAAUGGAAUAUGCAGGUAAUACUAAUAAAUCAGUAUAACAACAUUUUUCCCAAUUCGAUAAUAUUGUCAUAUUUCCCAAACCUUUAAAUCUUGUAAGAGUCCCAUUCUCUACAAAAACACACUUCUGCAUAUUUCAGUGCGCAACCAGUGUUUUACAUAUUAAAGUUAAUCCAAUUUUUAAUAAUUUAAAGCAUGUGCACAUUUUAUAUGCAGUGUUGAAUGUGAAAUUCAGAAGAAUAAACAGACACUGUGCCUGAAAUGUACAGAAAAAUGACACAUUUAAAGUUUUUUUUUUUUACGCUUUUAGUGGGUUUGUUUUUUCCUUUAUUUAACAUCAAUAUCUGUUUAACAGGGGUGCUUAAACUUUUGCAUAUGGACUGUAGAUAAGAAGGAAAUGAACCUUAAUAGUAGUCAGUCAGCCAAGACAUGUUUGGUGUGGAGAUUUUAUACUUCUACACUGGAGCUCUGAGGCUUGGCUAAUGUAGCUAACACACAGUGGGCAUCCAAAAUCCAGCCUUCAUUUUUGCUGCUGCUGCUGCUACUGUGGUAACACACACCUCAUCACCUCUUCCUGCAAUAGAAUCUAGAACCCCCUCCAACAUACAAAAAUUAGAUUUUUGACUGAUUAGUCAUUUCAUAAGUAAAUGCAUUGAUUGAGUUAGAAAUGUUCUGCUGUAAUUAGAUUAUGAAGUGCGUGUAAGUGCAUGCAGUGGUAAGGUGGCUCAGGCAGCAGAUUUAAACUCUGUAUGUGUAAUUAAUUUUUUGGGGGGGGAAAUGUGAAAAAGAGGCACUUCACCACUUUAAGGGUCAGUUUUCUAGGCAGGGAUUAAGCCUAGUUUUGGACUACGCAGCAUUUUGAAUGGAGGUUUUUUCAUUGCAGUGUUGUCUGUAACAGGAGGAGAAAGCUUAGGCUAUAGGCUUUAGUCUGUAUAACUAUGCUAGUCUCUUAUUGGUUUAGCUUUUCAGAAAACUAACCCUAAAUGCUUAUACCCCAUCAGUCGUUGAUUUGACAUUUAUGCAUUAUCCCACCAAAUAUGUCUUGACUGAUUAACUGACUGCAUUCAGGGAGGGCAAGAACACAAUUUCUUUUAAAUCAGUGCAAAGUAGCUCAAACUAGAGAUGGGAAAACCACAGUUCCCUGAAGUCCUAGCUGCCUGGGGGGAUUUAAUAACAUCUGCAGGUUUCAGGGGCUUCCCAACAUCCUAAUAGUGAAACAGAAGAGCUGUUAGCAGAAACCAGCAGGAGCUUAUCUAAAGGGAUUUCUGUGUGUAGCUACACAGCACUGAAACCACACAGCUUCAUUUUUUCAUCUUUUCCAAAGAUUUCAUUAAACAGGCUCUGCAAACAGUAAA